AAGGACUUUUAUUUUGGCGGGUGUUUCCCAUAAUUCCAGCAGAGCGGAAACAGAUUGAAGCGGAGCCGCACAUCAACAUCAACAGAACUAGUACAAAUCUGCAAUGAGUUUUGAGUGGCCCUGGCAGUAUAACUUUCCUCCAUUUUUUACAUUGCAGCCAAAUGUUGACACGAGACAGAAGCAGUUGGCGGCAUGGUGUUCACUCGUGCUGUCUUACUGUCGUCAGCGCAAGCUCUACACACUGGAUGUGCUCGAGGCGCAGGAAAGCCCUGUGUUCAACAACAAGAAAAUUGAGAGAAAACUUUCAGUUGAAGCCAUACAAGUAGUUUUUGAAGAAUUGAGAAAAAAAGGAAACCUGGAAUGGUUGGAUAAAAAUAAAUCACGAUGUCUUAUAAUGUGGAGGAGACCAGAGGAGUGGGGCAAACUCAUUUAUCAAUGGGUUUCCAAAAAUGGCAUGGUCAACUCAGUGUUUACACUUUAUGAGCUCUCUAAUGGGGAUGACACAGAAAAUGAAGAGUUCCAUGGAUUGGAGGAUUGGAUGUUGCUGCGUUCACUGCAGGCCCUGCAGACUGAUGGGAAAGCAGAAAUUAUCUCUAUGGAUGAUGGAAAAGGAGUCAAGUUCUUUUGAAUCAGGUUUUCUCAAGUCAGACUUUGGGAUGUGGUGUUGGGUUUCUGUCAGCCCAGCAUGAUCUUUUGUCUCAGUCCACUUGGGAUCUUGUUUGGACUGUGUAUUACACUCCACUGAUAAGUCAGUAAGUCAUUAUUUGGCACAUGAUCCCAAACUAAAUGUAAGGGUCUUCCUUGUUGGAACAUGUUUAAAUUGGUGGUUUUACACCUGUCAAAACUGGAGCCGAGUAAAGAAACCAAGAUUUUGUUCUUAACCGUUAUGCAUACCAAGCGAAAUGUCAGACCAAAACUAAGGAAUAUCAGUAUCUUAAUGUAGACCGAGACUACACCCACUUUUUUGUGUACAUAUAUUUUAUUUCACUCCUUUUAUUGCUGUAAAUCCUGAAGGACUCUUGUUCUACUUGAAUAUUUUUUCUGUGUAGAACCACAAAGCCAAAAGACGGUCUACUAAUCUCAGACACGGCUUUUGUAAAUCCCGCGAUGCUUCCUGGCUAAGAUAAAAUGUUCUUGAGUAAAUGUCCUGUUUCUGAUGGCAGUGGAAUUCAUAUCAACAUUUUGCUGAAAUCUGGUAGCAUUGACUCCUUUUCCUUGACUGUCACUGUAUCUUACCACCUUUUAUACCAAUGUAAUACUGUACAAAUAAAUGACGGAGACACUUUCAGUUCUCUCCUGCAUA